AUGGGAAAAUCGUUCAAGGACUCUCUUAAAGCGCUUGAAGCAGAUAUUCAGCACGCCAAUACUGUGGCUUUAGAUUAUCCAAGGGAGAAAGAUGGAGCACGUCUCCAGAUGAGACUAUCCUACUGUCCGGCGGCAAACUUUUUUCUCUUUCUUGUCCAGUGGACUGACUGUCACCUUGCUGGGGCCCUUGGUUUGCUCAGAAUUCUUAUUUAUAUGACAUAUCCCGAUGGAAAGACCACCAUGUCAGUUUAUGAAAGGAAAGCCAGCAUUAGAGAAUUUUAUGGUGUGAUAUUUCCUUCUUUGCUGCAACUUCAAAGAGGCAUCACAGAUUUAGAGGAUAGGAAGCAGAAAGAGGUUUGCACUGUCAGAUACAAAAGAAAGGAGGAGUUGGACAAGGGAAAACUCUCUGAAAUUGACAUCGAAAGAGAAAAAGAGUGCGGAAUUUGCAUGGAGGUGGACAAAAAAGUUGUGUUACCUAACUGCAGUCAUACAUUGUGUUUGAAGUGUUACCGGGACUGGUAA